GGGCGGAGCGGACAGGUCGCUGCUCCAUGGGGGAGCGGGGCUCGGCGUCGCUUCCUCGCUACUGGCGACGAGGAGCGAUAAGCCACGCCCAGCAUCCAGCUCCCAUCUCCGGUUCUCUCGUCGUCGUAUCCGCGGUCUCUGUCUCGGUUUAGGCACCACUUCUCCCCUCGAGCCGCGGUUUCGUUCCAUCACCUCCUCGUCGAGACAUGGACGCUCAGUAAGAAGGAGACAUGUCCCCGCUGGCCCUCGCGUUGCUCGUGCUUGCCCCCCUGGCCUGGUCCCCAUCCUCCCUGGCCUGGUCUUCCUCCUCCGCCCAGAGGAGCGUCGGCUGUCUGUUCCAGAACGAGCUCUGUUCACCCUACGAGGUCUGUGUUAACGAUGGGAUGUUUGGUCGGUGCCACCGUCUCCCGCUGACAGAGGUCUCCACCUACCAUGUCUCUCCCGCCGUGGUUCAGCGCUUCCGGAUCCUUCUGGAGAAACUGUCCAGCAGAGGUCUGACCUGGGAGGACGAGGCCACCCAGCGGGUCCUGGACCGGGAGCUCUCCACACUGCGGAGGACCCCCCCCGCCCCCCCCACCGGCAGCAGGCCGGGCCAGGCCCCCCCGGACUCCGACCGGCUGGAGACGGUGAAGGAUGAGCUAGGCAGGAGCCUGCAGACCUACCUCCAGCGCCUGGCACCCCAGAUCCCCGCGGACCCCCAGACCCCCGGGGCCCCGGGGGGUCCCAGGUCGCCCUCCCGGAUGCGGGGCCCCCAGGGGGAGGGGGACCUCCUGGUCCAGGCCCUGAGGAGCUACCUGUCCGGGCCUGAGGGCCCCAGAGGGCCCAGGCCCCUCCAAAGCCAUACGGGGCCGGACGGCUCACGGCCGAGGCUGCUGCAGCUGGCAGGGGCCCCGCGCUGGGCCGCCUGGGGCCCCCUCAGCCCGGCGGACGAGGCCAUGGCUCCAGAGGACUUGGACCAGCUGUCGUCUCUGAUCGCAGACGUUCUGCAGGUGGUCGACCUGGACGCCCCGGGACCCGGCCUGACCCGGGACCGCCCGGAGCCCCGGGACCUGGAGCAGGAGCAGCAGGAGGAGCAGUGGGGAGAGGAGAGGAGAGGGGGAGAAGGAGGGGAGGAGGAGGAGGAGAAGGUAGAGGAGGCGUCAACCAUGAAGACUCUGGAGGGGUCUCCCAUACAAGAGGCAGAGCUCCGAGAGCCCAAUGUUGACGCAGAGCAGCCAAUCACAGGAGAGAAGGUAGGCCUCCGUCCCGAUCCAUAAUAUUGAUUUCUGAUCCAUCAGUCCUCAGCCAAUCAGAACAUCUGAUACGACCUGCCAGGUUUCAAAAGGAGAUUUCAGCCAACGGUC